CCCUAUAUAACCUCUUGCAGAGACCCUCUGCCUCUCAUACUUAUUGUAGGUGGUUUGGCAACAACAGGUGUCAGCAUGUCAGUGUGAUGCUGAGACUCAACAGAGAAACUGCAGAGUUCACAUUUAAAAGGUUAUGGGAUUGGUAACCUGCUGCAUGGUGAACAUGACUAACCAAUCAGCUCUCCUGAAACUGGCCUUGCUGCUGCUGCUUGCGUAUGGCACAGAUGCAAGGAUGAACAUCAUUGCCAGUAAACAAGAUGUGCAGGUGGGAGAAGAGAUCGUAUUGUUGUGUAAAGCUGGAGGAGAGGGAACUAUAACGUGGCAGAAGGAUGAGGAAGACAUUGAUGAUGAAGAAAAGGUGUCAGGGAUAGAUGAGUCCUCCUCUAAACUGAGCAUUAAGAAGGCCACAAUGAAUGAUGCAGGAAAGUACAGCUGUCUGUGUGACUUCGACAGCGGACACCAGGACAAGAUUGACAUACAGCUGUAUAUUUAUGAGGGUCCAUCAUUUGGAAGCCAGAAAACCUACCAUGAGUUUCUGGAGGGCACAAAUGGGAUGGUGCCAUGCCUGGUGACUGGCAAGCCAGAGGUGGAUGUUCACUGGCUUAGAGGCAACCAAAACAUCCCUUCUGAUGAGGGAGAACGUGUGCGUCAGCUGACUGAUAACACACUCCGUAUUGAAAAAGUGAGGAGAGAGGAUGCUGGGCUAUAUGAGUGUCAGGCCUACAUCAGAGGAAGGACCAUCAAUCAGAAGCUCCCUGUCUCUGUUGUCGUCAAUGCUCCUCCUAAAGUGCGUCUGAGAGAAGAGGUGAAAAAAGUGAUGGCUGGAUCAGAGAACAAUGUUUCCUUGCUUUGUUUGGUGGACGGUCUACCGAAACCCAAUAUAUCAGAUCAUACGUCUCUGGCCUUAUAAUUCUCCUACAGUAUUAUAUCCGACAGUGUAUCCUGACUUUAAAGGACAGCUAGACUGUUGGAGAUGACGUGUUUGGUUGAAUCUGUGUGACAUGUUUUUAAAACAUAUGAUGUGAAAUGUAGGUGGACAGAUGAGGCACAAUGGUGAAACAUUUUUGGUUGUCAAAACAAUUAGAAUUGCCUACAUAUGCAGAGAUGUAUGCCUUAAUAUACUGUUGUAAUUACAUUUAUCACGUGAGUCAAUAAACCCAGUAACUAAAUCAUGUUUUGUCUCAUAUCAAAUAUUUUGGAAAGGCUGUCCACAAACGGUUGUCAGUUUUUCUCAGAUUAUGCAAUUAGCCUGAUUAAUUCACAUUUAAACACUAAGACAAACUGCCAAUGGUGACAAUGGACCAGGACAGUUAUAGUUGGAUAAUUCACACUGAAUUUUUACACUGAACUUCAAAUCUAAAUACCCUGCUAUGCUGUAACUGGCUCCAAAUAUCAUACAAAGAACUUUUGAUUUGGGAUCACUGUGUUACCAAAUCCUCUGUGAAUAGCUUUGUUUCACUCAUCUCUUGCUGAUGUUUGACGUGCACUGACGGGAGUGCCAGGAGUGAGCAGAGGGUUUGUUUUGAAGGGAUGGCUGAGUCAUGGCUGAUUUAGACUCUCAUUAAAGACUGAUACAGGAUGUGGAAAUCAGGUUUCUGAAGGUGCUGUUUGAAUAUGACUGAAAUGCCCAUUGAAAAACAUGACUAUAUAAGACAGCACUUAAAUACAAUUAGGAGUUGUACUUUACUUGAGUAUUUCCAUUUAAAUAAACUUGUUUAUAUACUUCUACUUCACUAUAGUUCAGAGGAAAAUAGUGUAUUUUUAACUCCACUACAAUUGUUUCUAUUACUUUGCUGAUUACAAUCUUUGUAUAAACAGAUUAUGAAAUAGGAAGUGUUUCUACAGAUUAAACACAAUAAAGUAAACAAAGUUAUUAAAAUGAGAUCCACCUAAACCUGCAGCACUAAAAUGUUGCCUCCAUAUCAUUGCAUUACUAUUAACAAUCUGGUACCACUUUCUGAUAAGGCACCAUUUAUAGGGGGCUUAUGAGCUGUAAAACUGUAAUUAAUAGCUUUAUUAACAGUUGAUCAAUAAUUUACUAAUGCUUCUUAGAUCAGUAUUUAUGGAUCAGUUAUAGGUCGAACUUGAGAAAAACAGCUCAACUCAAUUCUCCUCGGACAGGACACCAUGCUUGUCUGCUUAAGCUCUUUAAUUCAUUAGUGGGACCUUUACAAUGGACUGUUUGACUGUCCCCUGGAAAAGAGCUGCAGGACAUCUGGAACACAAAUCCAUUUAUAACUGCUCAGUAACAUUUCCAACUGCAGACUUUUUAUGGUACAGCUAUUUAUCAACAUAUGCAUAGACUAGUUGAUGAUCUGCAUGCAAAACUUGAAAUAGUGCAAAUGUAGAGAAAACAAUACAGGAAAUUAUGCGGCAAGUUGUUUGGAUAAAAAGUAUCUUGUAUCACUGUGCACUGUUUAAAUAAAACAUUUUGGCCAUAA